GGGAAAUGUUAACAAUUUCAAUGCUACUACUAAAGUGCACCAAAUUUUGUACAAAUCAUUCAAACAAGUAAAAAAAAAUCACUCAAAUAAUUACGAUGUGUACAAAUGUGGAUUCACUCUUCCGUCGUUUGACAGUUGUGAUGCGGUUCAAAUAAACCGCGCAGGUGAGAACGAGAUGGAGCGUGUGCGUGAAAGAAAUAGUAAACCAAACCGUUCGAUAGAAAGUAAACAAACUGGGAAAGAAACAUGAAUCGGUUGAACUUUUUAAAUUUGUUUUAGAUGCACUCAAAACCAUAAUACAUUAACCAGCAUGUGAGGGUGAUUUGUACUACAUACCGUGGAGUUCCAUCAGAAUUUGUGCUGCCCAUUAACACCUCCCUUAAAAAAAAGAACACGCUUGGCGUACGGUUUGAUUAGCGUGUUUAUUAGCGACUAGGAAAAACAUCAUCGCGUAGCAGACGGGCUGUCCGAGGAGAUGCUAUCCAGAGUUUCCAUUCUGCACCUAGAGCUGCUGAACAAUGGAUCGGGUGGAACCGGUGGCAAACCGACGGUCGGCCAGCUGCUGGCAGUUGCGGCCGGUGUCGGUGUUGCCUCAGCGGUCGGUUACGGUGUGUAUCGGUACCUAAAGUAUCGUGCCGAACAGCAACCACCGGCGGAAUGGUACCGCGUCGGUGAGGUGUCCGAUCUGUGGAUCUACCCGAUCAAAUCGUGCGGCGCGGUACGGGUACGUCAGUUCCAGUGCUCGUCCAUCGGGCCACAGCUGGGACUGUUGCGUGACCGCAUCUUUAUGGUGGUAAAAAGUGCCGAUGGAAAGUUCAUAACUGGUCGGUCCCAUCCGACGCUUGUGCUGGUGCAGCCCUCCUUCGACGAGCAGUAUGAACGGAUGACCCUGUCCUCACCCGGGAUGAUGGAUAUCACCGUGAACGUGAAGCAACUGCUCGAAACCGCACCGGGCAGUGCGUCCGUUUGGGAUCAACCGGUAGCAGCGGUCGAUUGUGGGGAGGAAGUAGCCCGCUGGCUGUCGCGCUUUAUACUGAGCGAAGAUUUUGGCCUACGGCUCGUGUACUACCCACUGGAACGUCCGACCCGUCCAGUGCGGGAGAAGAAUCGUAUCCACGCGCUGCUAACGGCACGUGAUUCCGGUGCGCUACACGAUGCCACCAGCUACAUGCUCGUAUCGGAAGCAUCCGUAGCGGACGUAAACACGCGGUUAGAGAAACCGGUACCGGCACUACAGUACCGGGCGAACAUUCUCGUCAAGGGACCGAGUGCCUUCGAGGAGGACGACUGGAAAUGGAUACGGAUCGGUGAAACUGUUUACCGUAAUGUGAAACCAUGUACGAGGUGUCUGUUCACGAACGUUGAUCCUGAAACGGGGGUCAGCAACCCGGCACAGGAACCGCUGAACACGCUGCGGAAGUACCGGCUGAAGCCCGGCCUCGGCAACUCACCGGUCGUGGGCAUGCAGAUGGGCGUCCGGACGCUCGGUGCGAUCGGGCUCGGUGACACCGUGUACGUCGGAUGAUGCAUUUCGGAUCCUGUUCCGCUUCACACGGCAUGUAUUUGUAUGCAUAUUUUGCUUUUAUUGUUAAUUUAAAUGCACUAUCGCGGCUUAUCGAAAACCGA